GUUCCUCCCUCCUGCCGCUGGGGGCAGCAGCGCGCCGGAAAACAUCCGUCCAACAGGAAGCUGAAGCACAGCCAGGCAUCAUCAUGCCUACUGCUGUGAUCAUGGAGGAGAACUUUGAUAAACUAUUAGAGCAGUGUGAAGCUCAGGAGCUGGAGGCUCCAGGAGGGAUUGCAACUCCUCAAGUCUACUCUCAGCUGCUGGCCCUGUAUUUACUCAACAAUGACAUGAAUAAUGCCAGAUAUCUAUGGAAGAGGGUUCCCCAGGCAAUCAAGUCGGCGAACCCUGAAUUAACGGCUAUUUGGGCAGUGGGCCAGCACAUUUGGCAGCGGGACUUUCCAGGGAUCUACACAGCCAUUGCAGCGCACCAGUGGUCAGAGAACAUUCUGCCCGUCAUGGAGGCACUUCGAGAGAGCACACGGCAAAGGGCGUACAGUCUGGUGGCUCAGGCCUACACCUCCAUCACCGCAGAGGACUUCGCUGCCUUUGUGGGCUACACAGUAGAAGAGGCAGUUAAGGGUGUGGUGACUCAAGGCUGGCAGGCCGACCCGGCCACCCGCAUGGUGAUGCCCAAGAAGCCCGAUCCUCCCCCCGUCUCAUUGGUUCCAAAUGAGCAGCAGUUGGCCAGACUCACUGACUACGUGGCUUUCCUUGAGAACUGAUAACCCUGCCGCACAGCUACUGCCGCCCUCUCCCGCCCGUCUGGUACCGAAGGAGAACUCAAGCCCCUCAGACUCUGACCUCCGACCCUCCCUGAAGACGUUACCAAACUCAUCAUCCACAUAAAUUCAGCAGACUCUUCUCAGCACAACCGGUCCUGUACAGCCUCCUGUACUCCCCCCACACAGCUUUUCUCUCCGACUGCUACAUUGUGUUAUAUUUGUUUUGCUCCGGAAGUGUACAUUUUGGGACGGAUUCCAAAAGACGUAUAUUUGUGAUCAAUGUCCCUCUGCUCCUUUUUUUUUUUUUUUUUUUUUUUCCCUCCCCCAACCUGACAAGCGUCUCCCUCAGUAGAAACCUGCAGACCAGUGUGUACAGCGUAUCGACUCGGUUGUAGCACUCAGAUGUUGCCUUGAGACCUCGGCAUGCAUGCGUCACUGUGUGGAGUUCAGUCGUGAGACUUCUUCUGUUGAAGUGUAUGUUUUGACUGGUGAAUAAAUAUUUUGCUCUUUC